AUGGCGCAGCCGGCUGUAACGGCACCUAUUCUUCCGCCUAUCAAGGCUGAACACGAUCCCAAUCCACCAUCUCCGCAACCAGAAACUGCCACCCCUAUCAACCAAGAGCCACAACCCACCACCAUCACUUCCCUCCCAUCUCGACCAUCACAAACCCCAUCAUCUCCUCCGUUAGUCCCAUCUUUUCACAAUUCAAUCACCUACCUCCGCGACCUGUCCGCCGCCCUUGAAGCCUUCAACAGUUGCUAUUACGACCUCCAAGCUCACCUCGAUUCCAUUAAUUCCGCUCUUGAUUCCCAAUUAUCCCUCCAAAAAUCUAAUCUUUCCUCCCCACCCCGUGAAAUUUUACCCAUUAUUCCUCUCCCUCCGUCCACCUCCACCCGACUGCCAUCAAACCCUUCUCCGGUAAAAGAAAAAGGAAAAGGAAAAGGGAAAUCAUGUCAAUCAGAGCUGGAAAGCCUUUGUACAUUAAUGUCUAGCAGAGGGCUUCGGAAAUACAUGGUAACUAAUAUUGCAGAACCAGAUAAACUCCGAGAAGAAGUUCCAAAAGCAUUGGAACUCUCGCCUAAUCCGGCAAAAUUGAUGGAAAAUGAGGGUGGCGAUGAUAGAGUCAUUAAGAUUGAGAAGGUGACAAAAUUGUCCCUGUCCUUUGCCACUUGUCCUGCUAAUUUAGAAAUUAAGAGUCAUUAUCAACGAAAUGGCCAUGAAUUUACUGAUUAA